UAAUUUAAAAAUUGAAUAAAAUGUUAGCUCCAGAAGACGAACCCUUUGAUGGAGAAGGAAGCAGGAUUCUUGAAGAAGAAGAGGAAGAUGAAGACAACAGAGAGCAUCUCGAACAAAAAGAGAAAAAAGAUAGAUACGUUGGAGGCAUUGACCCAGUCACAGGCCUCAGAGUCGGUAAAGGAAUCUAUAAAUACUCCAAUCCUUACUUUACUUAUGAAGGAGAGUGGGUCGAUGGCAAAAAGCAUGGUCAAGGCAAACUACUCUUUGCAGAUGGAGGCUUUUUUGAAGGUACUUUUGAAGAGGGACAAAUCAAUGGCUACGGAAUCAGAGUCUGGCCUAACGGUUGAGAAUACAAGGGUGACUGGAAGAAAGGAGAGAAGCAUGGCCAUGGAACACUUGAAAAUCAUGAAACAGGAGAAUCUUAUGUUGGAGAUUGGAACAUGAACCUCAGACAUGGAGGUGGCAAAUGGACAAAACCCAGCAAAGAAGUAAUCGAUGGAGAAUUUAAGUAUCAUUUCCCUCAAGGUCAUGUAUCUAUGAGGCUUUCUAACGGAGAUCUUUAUGAUGGAAAUGUAGAGAAAGGAAUCAUCCACGGCCAAGGAAAAUAUUGAUAUUUAAGCACCUCUAUGUGCUACGAAGGAGAAUUUGUUGAAGCGAAAAGACAAGGAUUAGGAAAAUUCUAUGCCAUGAAAGGAGUAUAUGUUUAUGAAGGCAGAUUUGAAGAUGAUAAACAAACCAAGAUUCCAAAUCAACUUUUGUAUUAUCAAGAACCAAAAGAAGAAGAACCAGAAGAUAAAAAGAAGAAAGACAACAAGAAAGGAGAACCAGAAGAAGAUGAAAAUCCAAAUAAAAUAGUUUAUGAAGUUGGAGUUUCAGAUCCUAUUCGGAUUGAACUCAGAUCGGUGUUUCAAGGAGAAGACUAUGAAGAUGACACUCCUCCUGAUGAAGAAGAACUUAAAUAAACAAGCUGCUUCCAAGAAAGGUCAAGAUGAGGAAGAAUCAGGAAGAGCAGUUUCUUUUAGCUUAGGAAGAUUUGAAGACAAACCUUUAGAAGAAGGCCAAGAACAAGAAGGAGAGCCAGAAAAAAUUUGGGCAGAAUAUAAAUUCUCUCAAAGCGAAGACCUCACAAGAGUCGAGGUACUCUCUAAAGAAGGAAUCUUUGUAAUCGAAGGGCUCACAUAUAAUAUCAGCGAAGAGUUCAAAGCAGGAAAGUAUGAAAUAUUAGCAAAGGAUGUGACACCUUUCAUUGAUAAUCAUCUCAAUGAAGUGAAAAUUUCACUUGAGAUAAUUGAUCCAGAAGAGCCUCCAGUUCCAGCAAAGGGUAAAAAGAAAUAAUAAAUUUCAAUUCAUAGCC